ACUCAAAGUAAUUGAAUUUCUUACUAUUGUGCAAUAGUGGUUCCUAUUUAAAUUCUCAAUAUGGAGAAUGAACCACAGAAACUAUUUGCAUUCCAAAAAUAUUAUGUAACAUACAGUACUUUUAUAGAGUGAAGGAAUUUAAUGGAAGGACAGUGUACAACGUACAAUACACACAAGUUAGAAAGGUUUGGAUCACUACAAAUUACAGACAUGGCAGUGAAAAUGAUGCACUCAUACAAACUUAUUAACCAAAGAUUGAGAUCCAAACCAGUGUGUGUUCUAGACAAACAGUGGGCUAGCAUAUUGUGAUCCAUGUAAUCCAAACGAAAAGCCUUACAGUGGCCUUACACCAGCUCCUCUCGACACAGCCCGGCCAACUUUCAAAGCCCAGGUGCAUUCUUGAUGAAUAUUUGAUGUGGGCAAGCAUAUGACUUCUCUAAUCUCUUUUUCCUCCAUUACAUAAGCAGACAGGCGACAAAUUAAGAAAAAAAGCAGCAUUAAGUAUCAUACUAAAGUCUUGGACCUCCAUGAGCUGCUGCAACAUCUUCUAUGCACCUUGGUAUAGAUUCUGCAAGUCUUUGGAAAGAUAUUUCAUCAGUUGAUGUUUUGAUAAUAGUGGUAGGGAGCAAUGUCUAACAUUGGUUGAGUCCAGUUCUUGUCACUGUGAAGGCCAUAGUAUAGUAUUUACACCAUUUUCAUACUCAUUAAAACCAUUCAAUGAGCUCUUGUGUCCUGUGUAUGGGGGCGGAGUCAUCCUGGAAUAGACCACUCCCAUCAGGACAGAAAUGUUUCAUCAUAAGAUAAAGGCAGUGGAAGCUCUUCAUUUAUAUUCAUAUAUACUGUAUAAUGUUAGCCAAAUGUUAAUCUUCAUAAAGUCCAAUUCCAUACAUUUCAAAUUGCAUUGAAAUACUAAUUACCUCUUUUGAGUGACAAACCAUUUAAAAAUGUUGCUGUCUGACAAAUAUAAGCCAAUGUUCCAUUGAUAUGCAGUCUCACCUUUCAACUCAACUCCAUAGAUUUAUUAUUGCAAUGGGAGGUCAAAAGUAUGAACUGCAAGAAGCACUAAUAGAGGCCCACUGGGGCAGGAAUCAGGAUGCCCCAUGCUUGGAGGAGCAGCAAUGUAGAGGAUAGUUAAUCACAGGGUUGUUGUUUUUUAUAACAAAUUGGGCUAGUUUAAAAGACUGUUUAAAUAGUGUUUAAAAUUUGUUUUAUAGCAAAUAAUCAGAAAUAAAUCUAAAACAUUUCUGCAAACAAAUGCAGAGUGUAGGUGCAGACAGUGUGUGUAUGAUGUACAGAAUCAUGGUAAAGAUUGGGAGAGGGAAAGGAUGAUUGUGGAGUGGAUAAUGUCCAAACAUCAAAAAUAUGUGUGUGCUGCAGUGACCUUGUUUCCCACUCAAAGGCUGAGAAAAAGAAGAAAAAUAUGUCUCUCUUUUCUAAUGCCCAAAUUUUGGGCUCUUUUCAGGUAUUUUGUGUUCUUUUUGAGAUGUAGUCGAGCUGGAAAAUUUGCUGAAACCUGGCGACGCUGGUUAAUAUUAGCUCUUCUAUGUGUGCCUCACACAAUGCGAUAGGAAACACACCUGCUCUAUCAAACACAGUUGAAAAAAGGCACGUCUAAAACGAUCAAAAUGAGAUGCUAGACUGCAUGCUGUAUGACUGUGUAUUGUAGACUCUCAACUGCCUAUAACAGGCCUACUCUAAAAAUAUACUAGGUAGUAGCCUAUAGCGUAAGUCAACUGUGAUAGCCUCAAACAAAAGUAAGUCAAGAGGCUAUGCCAUUAUUAAUGCCGUCCUGCCCCACUAAAAUCUAUGGUCAUGAGCCUCUGUUGGAUAUAGGUGAUCAGUCAAAAUAACUUUGUUUUGAUUUGCAGUGACUCUUCUCUCUAAGUGGACAAGUGGCCCCCAAGCAUACCAACAAAAUGCCCCCACAGCAUAACAGGGCAACUGGUUUUUCCUUUAAUUUGUCACCAGUAUGUACAAUACCGGCCACACUCACUGCACUAAAUACACAUGGUCUCUGUUACCAAAGAAUAAAGCCAAUCCAGAGGAUCAUUUCCACGUUGCUUACUUUUAUGCAGUCAUUAUCAUCUGAUGAAUUAAAUCUUACUAUUGCCAGAGGAAAGGACUACUUGUAGGUCCAAAUUUAUCACAUUAUGUAAUUAUGAACUGCUCUGAGAUUGCCAUUCUUUUUUCCCAGCCUCCCUAUUAAGUUAAUGAUUCUUAAUCAUGAGCAAGCUCCUAUCUGCACUCCACAAUACCGUUAAUCACUUAAGUGUGCUUCCAUUAAUAGGAGACAGCUAUCUUUUAUAUUCAGACUAUCAUUGUGCAAACAAUGGAUGUACUACAGUAUGUAGGAAUUGGAAAUUUCUAAGCAGACGUAAAUUUCCAUAGAGCUGAUCACUGCCAUUUAGAAUAGUUAAUGAGAAAAUGUCUGAGAACAACAUUAUCAGAUUUUUAGCAAUGUUCCCCAGGCUUGGAGAAAAAAGUGGGUAUUUUCUCCUUCAGUAAAGCCUGUUUAGACUGAUACCCUGACAGAAUUAAAUGAGGCUGUAGCACAUUUGUAAAGCAAUCAGUCCUUAAUUAAUGAGCACUAUUUUGUGCACUGACAUUUCUGCUUGUAGCUAUGUGGAAUAACUUUCAGCCUGCAAUCAUUCUUCCAGAUUUUAAGUCCCGUAACUCGGCAUUAUGUUGCAGAAUUAAACAGUCUUUACCCCAGAAUACCCAAAUAAUUACACAUGAGCAUGAGAUGCAGACUGUCAGAGGUGCCAAGCUAAGUUUCCCAUGUCAGUAAACUUACAGCCAAAAAAAGCAGAAAAAGAUAUGAAUGCGUCAGAAUUUUAGGUUGACAGUCUAUGAAUACUUUUACAGUUUACCGGUUCGACUUUGAAAUGUCUCAGCAAGUCUUGGAUGUUUUUGCUAGUGUCCUUAAAAAAAGAAGAAUCUUGCAUGGAUGUUCCAGACUGCAGAAGCGAUACAAACAGAUGUCUGUCAGAAGGUUGUGGUAUACACAGAAGUAUACUCUAUAUCAUUAAUUUAGCUUAUGUCCUAAGCACUAAUAGGAGAAGGACAGAACAACAGCUCCUACAGUGAAAAAAAAAUCAAACCAAGGAUCAGCACAGAAUCCCUUUGCUUUUAUUAUUUAUGACAGGAUUUACUGUAGAAGGUAGAAUUUGUCUAUCUCUCCCUUCCUCUCUGUCUUUCUCUCUCUGUCUCUCGCUCUCUGUCCUGUCUCACUCUGUCUCUUUCUUUCUCUUUCACUUGUUCCCUCUCUCUCUCUCUCUCUCUCUCUCUCUCUCUAGUUCAUCUUUUGAUACUGGUCUGAAACCCAUUAUUCUAAAGAGGAACUUUCAGACUUUUUUUUUUUGUCUUUUUUUUCUCUCAUAGUGCAUAGAACAGUUUGUUUUUCACACAUUUUCUUCUUCUCCUAAUCUGGUUCAUGCACUCUGGAUUCUGCACUUUAACAUCCACAUUCUUCUAACUAUUUGCAAGCUUCCAGAAAAUGAAUAUGCAUCAGUGAAUAUUGCAGGGGAUCCAUUUACAUGGCGGAAUGUUAAUGAAGAGAAAGUGCUCUUAAAAACACAAUUAAUCUUAUGUAAAACGCCUGCUCAAUGCCUCUAAUUAGAUGCCAUUUUAAUAACUGGGUAUGUUGUACAACAAAGCGGUUUGGUAAACACUAUUGUUCAUUUGUUUGAUGACAUGCAAACGAGAAAGAGCUGAUUUUGUUUGCUGAAAGAGAACCAUUCAUUCUUUGAUCUUUAAUACACCUGCCCUAUGAAUGUUUCACAUAUGUGUUGUUUGAACUUCAUUUCCACCAUAAAAAGACCAACAAGCCUCUUUUACUGAAAAUGUAGCACAUUGAAAUUUUAAUAAUGAAUCAGUGGGUGAGGAUUGUUCUAACGCAGCCGCAUGGAGGAAACUCGUCUCUUAUUUAUUUAGACGGAAAUUUAUUACACGUUUUAUAUUACACGGUGGUUUCUUAAACAAUCAUAUUUUAUGCUUACAGUCACUGAUGAGUAAUGAGCAACAUGGAAAAGUUAAUGAAAAGUUAAUUUGCUCAUAAAUUUAUGUUUUGACAGAAAAAUAAUAGUUUCCUCCUCCUGUGUAUAUUUUUCCAACUCUCCAUUAGCAAGCGGUAAAAUAUGCAAUUUAUAAUUAAAAAUGAGGCCAUGAUCAACCCAUAAUUUUUACUACACUGCCACUGGGAAUGGUCAAUUCUAGUUCACCAUUAUUAUUUUACAUUUUUGGCACAUCCAUUCAACACUCAGUGACUGAAUUAUUUACACUAAUUAAACAUCUCUGUCUUUAAUCUUUUGCCUUUAAUGCUUUGCUAUAUGACAGCCUCCAAUCUGGAGCAUGAGCAAAAAAAAAAAAAAAAAUGACAUGUACUAUUUAAGCAUCAGCCACUGUCAGCCUUAACUGACCAGUCCCUUGGGGACAGAAAUGUAGUUACUGACAUUUAUGGUUAAUGCCACCUACCAAUGUCAUUAUUCACCUGUACAAGUGAAAUACUGGCUCAGUGAGGAGGAAAUACUUAACAGCCAAUGGAACCUGUGUGUAGCCUCUGGCUAUAUGUCACAGAUUUCAAAUCUGUCUGCCAUUGUAGUCAUAUUAGUGCUUGCAGCUGCUGUCAGUUGGGUUAUCAAGCACAGUAAAGUCUGGCCUAAUGGGAAUGAUCUCCACUACAGUUAUAGUGUGUGUGACAAAUUAAAGGAAAUACCUGAAUAAAUAAGUGGAGAAACACAGCAAGUGCAGACGCUUCCGGGCAGGUGUACUGCAUGAUACAAUUAGACGAUAUAAAUAAUAUGAUAUGACCUUCAAAAUCACUAGAUCCCAGAUGAGAGACAGUGCUCUCAUCAUCAACACAGUAAUUAAGGGAAUUAUCUUUUGUUCAUCCUUCCUGUUCAAAAGACUUCUACAAUCUAUGCCAAGGCAAACUGAAGCUGAUCUGGUGACUCGUACGGGCCCAACACGUUAUUUUGGACCUCUUGAACAUUACAUGCCUGGGCCCCUUGCCUCACCAACUUUGCCUUAGCAGAAUGUGAUGAAGAUUGGAAGAAGACCAGGUGACAUUUUUCCAAUCUUCAGUUGUUCAGUUUGGGUGAGUCUGUGACCACUGUAACUUCAGAUUCUUGUUCUUGGCUAACAGGAAUGGCAUCCAGUGGUGUCUCCUGCUGUUGUAGCCCAUCUGCCUUGAGGUUUGGUUGAAAUGCUUUUCUGCUCACCAUGGUGGUAAAGAGUGGAUAUUUGAGUUACUGUAGACUUCCUGUCAGCUCAAACCAGUCUGGUCAUUCUCCUAUGACCUCUCUAAUGAACAAGGUAUUUGUGGUCAGUGGAUGUUUUUUUUUUCCCUCGCACCAUUCUGUGAAAACUUUAGAGACUGUUAUAUGUGAAAAUCUCCGGAGAUCAGCAGUUUCUUAAAUACUCAAACCAGCCCAUAUGAACAACAACAAUGACAAGUCACUGAGAUCACCAGUGAGUUUCCCCAUUCUGAUGUUCGAUGUGAACAUUAACUGAAGCUCAUGACCUGUAUCGGCAUGAUUUUAUGCAUUGCACUGCUGCCACAUUGGAUAAUUGCCUGAAUGUGCAGCUGUACAGGUUUUCCUAUUAAAUUGACUGGUGUGUGUUCAGGAUUCUGCUAUCAAGAUCUACCUUCAACUUAUUAACACACACUUGCCCACUUUUAUUACUACAAAAUUUUGUUCUUAUUGCCUGAAUGUAGUAUACUGUAUGUAUCUGUGUGUAUGUGUGUAUGUGUGUGUGUGUGUUUGUGUGUGUGUGUGCGUAUGCAGGCAUGCAUGUGUGUGUGUGCAUUACAGGGCUGUAACUUACAACAGUGCUAAGAAGUUUAUAUAAUAUUUGGUCACCUAGAGCUUGCACAUACAAAACUGCAAUUGCAGGCGAAAACAAAUCUGCGUGUACUGGAACGGCGUGCUGGUUUCCUGUGUACACUCCUAAUUUAUUUAUAGGAAGAGAAAUAGACAGAGGCUGGACACUGGAGGCAGUGCUUAUCCUCUUCCCCUUGCUACUGGACAAAAAGACAGGAGGAGGUGUGCACAUUAAAGAUGCAUGGGGACCAGUGUGUCGAGUUUAAAGUUCUCCACGCUUUAUGCAGGCCUACUAAAAUAUUCAUGGCCUACACUGCGUGUGCAGGCUGCGGCACAUCGACUUAAUCUCCUUCCACUGAGAAAAAGGGUGCAGGGGCUCACAGCAAAGCAAGCACCGGCUCUUCUGAUUAAGGAUGUUCGAGUCGUCUAACACUGAACCAAAAUGUGUGACGAUCCGCUACGACUUUGUGGCACGCAAUCCCAACGAGCUGACCGUGCAAAAGGGUGAGGUGCUGGAGGUACUGGACAGUGAAAAGCAGUGGUGGUUGGUGAGGAACCGCAGCGGUCACACGGGGUAUGUGCCCUGCAAUGUGCUGGAGGAGCUGAAAGCAGGAGAGAUGCAGUACAACCGUGCUGUGUUCUUCAACAGCCAGGCUGCGAAUCCUUACAAAGCUACUUCUCCACCUGCCUUGAUAAAUCACACUGAGAAUGUGGAGAUGAAUAAAUCCUCGCGGGACAAAGACAACCGAACUCAGCAGAAGGAGGUGAAUGAUGAGCUCUUGAAGAGGAUUACAGACAGCAAAGCCCAACCUCCUGCUCGCAACUUUCGGGUGGAACACCCCAUCAGAACUUUACCCAUCACUUAUGAUUCUCAGCCAUUCGAAAUCCGCAGCUGGCUCAAUGCCAAAGGCUUCUCCAGGCCGGUAGUGGACUGUCUGGGCAUUCUGACAGGAGCUCAGCUCUUCUCUCUGAGUAAGGACGAACUAAAGGCAGUGUGUGGUGACGAGGGCUCUCGGGUUUACAGCCAGAUCAGUGUGCAGAAAGCGCAGAUAGAGAGGAGCUAUGGAAACUCGGAGCUAGAGGAAAUCAUGAAGCGAAGGCAGCAGGAGGUGGAUGCUUUUACUUGGGACUGAUUGCGCUCAAACUGCCUGUCAGUCAUGGCACCUUUCCAUCCGGUUCCUUCAGCUCACCUAACAUACUCCACAGAUUUAACAGAGUUGGAAUGAAGAACACAGAUGCUGUCAAUUGCUUGUCUAAACUAAUACAAACCAAACUGAACUGAGCAACACAAAAUGAAUUCCAAUGUUUAUUCUAUGUUUAUGCUAGUAAUUUAGUAUUUAUUCCUAUUAAUUUGC